AUGGCGGGUGGGGGAGAUUCUGUAGUGCUUGCGCUGCCGCACCAGGUUGCUGGUGGUUUCCAAGGUGAAGCAAGAGCCCAAGAGCGAUCUGGUGACUGGGGCGAUGCGCGUCUGGCCGUGUUUUUUCGCGAGACGACCGCGAAAGUGGGCCACUUUAGCACUUUUAUGGGGAACACAUGCCCUGAAACUGACAUUGACCUGCUGAUGAUUGGCGCCUCUGCGGAUUCCCUCGCUAACCAACCAGCGCGGAUGGGAAGCGGGCUGACAACGGCGUUGUCAAGCGUCCCAGGUCUGCCGGUAGGCCCUGGAUUGAUCCUUGUUUGUCCGGUCAGGACUGCUAUUUUUGAAGUCGCUCAAACGACUUGCUCAAUGAAUAACUAUACUACACUGAAAGAAUCUAUCCAGAACGCUCCACUACGUAUGUUUUUGGACAUUCAUUCAACUUUCGAUCAGCAUGCCCUUCUAGGCGCUGAGGAGGCAAUCAGUAGAGGUGUCGCCCAGUCGGCGAUCUUGGAUGAAAACGGUUCUGAUGAGCAGAAAUGGCCCAUAGAGGCAAUUAACGCUAGCGCUGAACCGCAGGGAAUAUGCGUCCAUGAGAAGAAGCCCCCCUCAGCAUAA